UUCUUUCGUUUAUCGUCUUUAUCCUAAUUAAGUUUUAGUCCAAGACGAAACAAAUACAGGUUAUUAUUAUGUCACUUAAUCUCUCCGUAAUAAUUUCUUUUUAAAACCCGGAUGAUUAUAUACUUAGAGCGAAAAAAAAAUCGCAUUUCCCUCUCUCAAUUCGCAGUUCCUUCCUUCCUUCCUGCGCAACACAGCAAAACCAUCUGGCUUUCUUCUCCUUUGCUUGCUUUGAUUUCUGCGAUUUCCGUCCGCCAAGCCAAGCUAUUCUCCUAGGGUUUUGCAUUCGAUCAUUCUUCGCGUUCUAGAUCUGAUCGCCAACUCCGAUUUCGCCCCGCUCUUCCCGAGUUUUCUCUAUCGCCGCCGGCGCAGAUCUCGAUCUCUUCCGCUCUGGUAACUUUACCCUCUCUCUGUUUCUUCGCUGCAUUGUGUUUGGCUUGGCAACGAUAUGGAUUCUGGAGGUCGAAUUUGAGAUCGGAAUUUCGCAUUUGUGUGUAAUUGUUUUGUUUGGAUUGCAGGAAUAUACUCUGCUUUCUUUUUUUUUUUUGCCUAGAGAGGAAUCCGAUUCCGGGGGAAAGCAUUUUCUUUCUAUGUUCGUGUUUGGAUUCGAAUUUUCUCCUCCUUCGGCGAUAAACAGAUCUUGAAAAUUGGCUCCGCAAAAGCGAUCGCAGCGCCACAUGGGUGGCCAUGUGCAGCAGACCAAUGCUGCAGCGGCGACAGCGUUCUACGAUCACGCCGGCGGCGGCGGGGCUCUGCAGAAUGCAGCCGCUACAAACGAUGCCGGUGAUGCUGUAAUGGCGAGGUGGCUGCAGUCGGCCGGCCUGCAGCAUCUGGCAUCUCCCUUGGCUUCCUCCGGCAUCGAUCAUCGCUCGCUGCCUAAUCUCCUAAUGCAGGGUUAUGGAGCUCAAUCUGCUGAAGAGAAGCAGAGGCUUUUUAAGCUGAUGAGAAAUCUUAAUUUCAAUGGAGAAUCUGGCUCUGAACCUUAUACACCAACUGCUGCAGCAUCAGAUGGGUUUUAUUCCCCUGACUUCAGGGGUGAUUUUGGAGCUGGCCUUUUGGACCUUCAUGCAAUGGAUGAUACUGAGCUUUUGUCUGAGCAUGUUAUGACAGAACCUUUUGACACAUCGCCCAUCUUGCCUGAUAUUGGUAGAGGAUUCGAGAAUGAACUCAAAAUGGCUGGUCGUAGAUAUCCAAGUGACCAAACUGAUGCAGAACCAUCAGUAUCAGUCCCUGUCAGUGAAAAAGAAAACAGUGGAAGGGAAAGUAACGUGGCUAAGAUUAAAGUUGUGGUGCGUAAAAGACCACUAAACAGAAAGGAGCUUGCUAAGAAAGAGGAUGAUAUUGUGUACGUUGAAGACAAUUCCUUGACUGUCCAUGAACCCAAACUAAAGGUGGACUUGACAGCAUAUGUGGAGAAGCAUGAAUUCUGUUUUGAUGCUGUUCUUGAUGAGGAUGUGAACAAUGAUAAGGUGUAUCGCGAAACCGUCGAGCCCAUAAUUCCCACCAUAUUUGAGAAGACAAAAGCUACAUGUUUUGCAUAUGGCCAAACAGGUAGUGGAAAGACUUAUACAAUGCAACCUUUGCCUCUUAGAGCUGCUCAAGACAUGGUUAGAUUACUGUACCAGCCAGUUUACCGGUCCCAGAGGUUCAAAUUGUGGCUCAGCUACUUUGAAAUUUAUGGAGGGAAGCUCUUUGAUCUUCUUUCUGAUAGAAAGAAGCUAUGUAUGAGAGAAGAUGGCAAACAACAGGUUUGCAUUGUUGGUCUACAAGAAUUCGAAGUUUUGGAUGUGCAAAUAGUCAAGGAAUACAUUGAGAAGGGAAAUGCCGCAAGAAGCACAGGAUCCACAGGUGCCAAUGAGGAAUCCUCAAGAUCACAUGCUAUAUUGCAACUUGCUAUCAAGAAGCAUAAAGAGGUAAAAGAGACUAGAAGGAACAACAACAACAACAAUGAUGUCAAUGAUUCAAAAAAUGGAAAGUUGGUUGGCAAAAUCUCAUUUAUCGAUCUUGCUGGUAGUGAACGAGGAGCAGACACCACAGACAAUGACAGACAGACACGAAUUGAAGGUGCAGAAAUUAACAAGAGCCUUCUGGCUCUCAAAGAGUGCAUUCGUGCACUCGACAACGAACAGAUCCAUAUACCAUUCCGUGGGAGCAAGCUAACUGAAGUACUCCGUGAUUCCUUUGUUGGUAACUCGAGGACCGUUAUGAUCUCUUGUAUUUCUCCGAAUGCUGGUUCAUGUGAACACACGUUGAAUACGCUGAGAUAUGCUGAUAGGGUCAAAAGCCUUUCCAAAAGUAGCAACACUAAGAAGGAUCAGCCUGUAAAUUCAUCGACUAACAAGGACACGCUGCCAGCAUCAACUUUGGCUGUUCCCACAGACAUAGACGACAUGCCUGAACAAAGAGAAGAGGCAAAACCAGUGGAUAUGGGGAGAAGACACGUAGAGAAAGAUCAUGACAGGCAGCAGCCCAUGAGUUUCGCUUCAAGUUUUAGCUUCAAUAGCCGACAACUAGAAAGUGGAUCAACUUCCAGCUUAACUGACCGGGAGAGAAUUGAAUUUAACAAUUCUUAUGGUGGUCAACCAAAUGCAAAAAGCUACUCGUCAUAUUCCCAGGCCCCAUCUGAACCAGAAGAAAAAGUGCAGAAGGUAUCACCUCCUCGUAGGAAAGGACCCCCGAGGGAGGAGAAAACUGAGAAGUCAACGAAUUGGGGGAAGAAAGAUGGCGGUAGUACGUCUGAUGUAGUACCCACCACUGUAAAUUCCAAGAAAGAUAGCAGUAGUACAUCAAACCUCCCAAUAAUUGGACGAAGACAUCGAGAAUCUGAUCCAUCUUCAGAUGGAAGUAUCAAUGCUAUACUCCAGGAAGAAGAGGCUCUAAUUGCCGCACAUAGGAAAGAGAUCGAGGAUACAAUGGAGAUCGUGCGUGAGGAAAUGAAGCUUUUGGCCGAAGUUGACCAGCCAGGCAGCCUCAUAGACAACUAUGUAACUCAACUGAGCUUCGUUCUCUCACGUAAGGCCGCCGGCCUUGUCAGCCUCCAAGCUUGCCUCGCUAGGUUCCAGCAUCGGCUGAAGGAGCAGGAGAUCCUUAGUCGCAAACGAGUUCCUCGCUAGAGAAGCAGUACCCUGUUUGGCGUGUGAUCCAAACAAUGUUGCUGCAGGAGAGAGCAGAGCAUCGCUGUGGUGCUUUCUCGCAGAAUCUGGCUCGUCUGCAGUGCGCCAAUGAUGUGUUGGUUCAUUUUGUUGGUGGGAUGGGUGUGGUAUAUCAUUCAGGAUAGGAUGUAUGCAUUGCUGGCUUUUUUGUUAAGUUAGUUUUUUUUGUGGGUUCAUCAGUCUUGAGAUGUUUGAAGGGCGACUGAAGAUGGGAACGAAAGGAGGAGGUUGAAACAGUAACAGUGAAUUCUUAUGUAGGCAAUGAAAUGAAAAGAAACAGAAAAUUGUUCAAUAGGCGAUACACUUUACUUAAAAGUAUAGUUUUCAUUUGUUCAUAAUACAUCUUACCUUCAAUUCUAAUCUAGUGUAUGUUCUUGACGUACUGGACUUUACUCUUAUGUUUGAGGCGUUAAUUUCAUUCACAAUUCAUUAUUACAGCG